CCCCCUCCCCUCUGCUUAUAACCGAUAAUUAAUUAGAGCAAAUUUAAAACUUUGCGGACUUUAGUGGCAUUCUACGACCGCCAAGGACGGCGCUUUGUUAUCUCUCGGCGCUCGUCUCUUGUUGAAUUAAAAACUGUUUAAACAAAAAAAAAUCCCCUCAGACUUUCGCUACGGUCCUAACCCCCCACCCUCCACCGUCGGCUAGGCUUGGGGUGGCCCUGCCGGCUUUGUGACGCCCCGGUCGGUAAGGGCCUUCUAGGAAAGUGCGCUGUAGGCCGAGGCUUACGGGGUUGCGAGCGGCCCGGAGGGUGAAGGUGGAGAGUUUAGGAGUGGGUCUCGUACCGUAAACUUCAAACGCAGAGCGACAAUUACUUAACGCGCAAAGUGUAACUCACAAACGCGGCGCUUAAUGUCCGGAUUAUGGUAAAUUUGUUAAAUUGUUCUGGACACCACAGGGCUAUGAAGGUGUUGGUGCUUCUAGCGUUAGUGGCCUACAUUGUCUCCGUCUGGGGCAACCUGACGACUAUUGGAAGCAUGAACGAGGGGCAAGUGAAGAAGAUUGAAGAGAAGAUUGAAGAGGCUGUCGGACCGUUGAGGGACAAAGUGAAGGAUCUGGAAUUGAGCGUCAGUAAGAAGUAUCCUCCGGUCAAGUUCCUGUCGGAGAAGGAUCGCAAGCGAAUACUGGUGACUGGUGGCGCCGGCUUCGUUGGCUCCCACCUGGCGGACAAGCUGAUGAUGGACGGCCACGAGGUGACCGUCAUCGACAACUUCUUCACGGGGCGCAAGCGCAACGUGGAACACUGGCUGGGCCACGAGAACUUCGAGCUCAUCAACCACGACGUUGUGGAGCCGCUCUAUGUCGAGGUGGACCAGAUCUACCACCUGGCGUCGCCCGCGUCACCCCCCAACUACAUGUACAACCCCAUCAAGACGCUCAAGACCAACACCAUCGGCACGCUCAACAUGCUGGGCCUGGCCAAGCGAGUUGGAGCGCGCUUGCUUCUGGCCUCCACGUCAGAGGUCUAUGGCGACCCGGAGGAGCACCCGCAGGGGGAGUCUUACUGGGGCCACGUGAACCCCAUCGGGCCUCGGGCCUGCUAUGACGAGGGCAAGCGUGUGGCGGAGACCAUGUGCUACGCCUACCAGAAGCAGGAGGGCGUGGAGGUGCGUGUUGCGCGGAUCUUCAACACGUUUGGGCCACGCAUGCACAUGAACGACGGACGUGUCGUCAGCAACUUCAUCCUGCAGGCGCUGCAGACCGAGCCACUCACGGUGUACGGCACUGGGGGUCAAACAAGGUCAUUCCAGUACGUCAGUGACCUGGUGAACGGCCUGGUGUCACUGAUGAACAGCAACGUGAGCAGCCCCGUGAACCUGGGCAACCCUGAGGAGCAUUCCAUCAUGGAGUUUGCCCGCAUCAUCAAGAGCCUUGUGGGGAGUUCCAGCCCCAUCGUGAACCUUCCCGAGGCCCAGGACGACCCUCAGAGACGCAAUCCGGACAUCCAAAAAGCUCGCAAGCUGCUGGGAUGGGAGCCCGCGGUGCCGCUGGAAGAGGGACUCGACAAGACGAUCGAGUACUUCCGCAAGGAGCUGGAGCAUCAAGACAACAACCAGUACCGGCCGCAGCCGAAGCUGGCCAAGACGAAGAAGACUCGCUACAGGCACCUGUGAGGACGCCUCAAGUCUCUCACGAGGACCCCGCCGGCUGCGAGGACCCCGCUCACCCCACCACCACCGCCGCCACCGCCGCGGGCCUUCAUCACAACCCCCGCCCGGGGGGGCAGGUGUCCACGGCGCUCGCUUCGCGACCUGCCCGCGGGAAAUUUGCGAUGAUGAUGAUGACGACGACGGUGAUGGUGAUGGUGAAGAUAAAACAAAAUUUUGUUGUUUCCUUUGCUUUGGGGUGUUGUUUUUAGUAAAAAAAAGAAAAAAAUUCUGGAAUUGCAAUUUGUAAAAAAAAAAAAUUGGUUAGCAAUUUCUGUUAUUGAAAUUUAUUAUUUUAUUUUUUAGCACUUUCUGGAAUUGCAAUGCCUUAGAUAUUAUUUUUUUUUUAUUUUUGGAAUUGCAAGUUCUCAAACUUUUUUUUUUAGCAAUUUCUGGAAUUGAAAUUUCUUAAAAUGUUUGUCUGUUUGCAAUUUCUGGGAUUGCUUUUCUACAUUUUUUAUUGCUAUUUCGUAAUUUUUUAGGAAAUUUCUGGUAUUGCAAUUUCUAAUUUUUUUUUUACAAUUUCUGGAAUUGCAAUCUCUUAAUUUUUUUUUGUUAGCGAUGUUCAGAAUAGAAAUUUCUUGAAUUUCUUUUUUUUUUUACAAUUUCUGGAAUUGCAAUUUCGUAAUUUUUUUGUUAUCAAUUUCUACAGUUCUUGGAAUUGAAAUUUCUGCUAUUUUUUGUUCGCGAUUUAUGGAAUUGAAAGUUCUUAUUUAAAAAAAAUCAAUUUCUGGAAUUGCAAUUUCUAGAAAAAAAUUUUGUUAGCAAUUUCUGGAAUUGCAAUUUCUUAAAUUUCUUUUUUUACAAUUUCUGGAAUUGCAAUGCCUUAGAUGUUUUUUUUUGCAAUUUCUGGAAUUACAAUUUCUCAAACUUGUUUUGUUGCAGUUUGUGGAAUUGCUAUUUUUUUAUUUUUUCGUUAGCAAUUUCUGGAAUUGAAAUUUCUUAAAAUAUCUAUUUGUUAGCAAUUUCUGGGAUUGCUAUUUCUUGAAUUUUGUUUAUUGCAAUUUCUAUUUUUUUUGUUAGCAAUUUCUGGAAUUGCAAUUUCUGGAAUUUUUGUGUUAUUAAUUUCUGGAAUUGAACAUUUCUUGAAAGAAUAUCUUUGCAGUGGGGUUCGUAUUCAGAAUCAGAAUCUUUUAUUUAUGUCGCAGGAGGAAUCUGAAGGGCGGUAAAGCGCUUUGACACACGUGUCCAGUAUUUUAUUACCCCCCCUCGCGGACGGGAGGGGGGGGGGUGGGGGGAG